CUCUGAACGACAAAAAUGCCAAUAGCCGCACAGGGUAAACCGUCUUCAUGUUUGCCACCAGCUCCCAGAAGCCCUCCUUUCUGAGUCUCCAAGAACGAAAAACCACACUCUCUGCUCACUAAAAUGCCUCCAAAUCUGAGUCUAUUCAUCUUUUUUCUCCUCAUGAUUUUAACCUCAAAGGGCUCAUUGAGUCUAGCCAUUGGUGUGAACUGGGGCACCACGGCCUCUCACCCACUCCCACCGCCCAAGGUGGUGGAGCUCUUGAAGUCUAAUAACGUUACCAAAGUUAAGCUCUUUGAUGCUGACCCACCUGUUCUUCAAGCACUCUCUGGCUCCAACAUUGCUGUCACUGUAGCCAUCCCCAAUUCUAUGCUCAAAAGCUUAAAUUCUUCCAAAAAAGCUGCAGAGAGUUGGGUCCAUGAUAAUGUCACCAGAUACAUUUCUUCUGGCGGUGGAUCUAGAGUGAAAAUUGAGUAUGUUGCCGUUGGAGAUGAUCCAUUUCUCGUAAGCUAUGGUGAGCAAUUUCAUCCCUUUGUUAUUGGAGCAGUCAUGAACAUCCAAGCAGCCUUGAGCAGAGCAGAAUUGACUCGUGAAGUGAAAGUGGUGGUUCCAUGCAGCUUUGAUUCUUUCCAGUCAGAAACUGGCCUGCCAUCAAAAGGACACUUUAGGCCUGAACUUAACAAAACCAUGAUCGAACUCCUUACAUUUCUUAGCAAGCAUCACUCACCUUUCUUUGUGAACAUCUCACCAUUUUUAAGUUUCCAUCAAAACAAGAAUAUUUCACUUGACUUUGCUCUCUUCAAAGGAACUGCAAACCCUCAUCAUGAUAACCACAAAGCAUACAAAAACAGCUUUGACUUAAGCUAUGACACCCUAGUUACUGCUUUAUCAACAAUUGGUUUUCCAGAAAUGGAUGUCAUUGUAGGGCAGAUUGGUUGGCCGACAGAUGGAGCAGCAAAUGCAACUGCAUCUAAUGCAGAGAGCUUCAUGAAAAGCUUGGUGGAUCACCUUCACAACAAAGUGGGGACUCCACUUAGACCUCGAAAUCCACCUUUAGAAGUAUACAUUUUUAGUCUUUUAGAUGAGGAUCAAAGAAGCAUGGCCACUGGAAAUUUUGAGAGGCAUUGGGGUGUGUUCACUUUUGAUGGUCAAGCCAAGUACCAUAUUAAUUUUGGCCAGAAUGCGAAAAACCUUGUGAAUGCUCAAAAUGUUGAGUACCUUCCUUCCAGGUGGUGUGUUGCGAACAGUAACAAGGACUUGUCUAAUGCAACAGCAAGGGCUUUGGAGGCAUGUUCUGCUGCCGAUUGCUCUGCACUCUCUCCUGGUGGAUCUUGCUACAAAAUCAGCUGGCCCCAAAACAUAUCAUAUGCAUUUAAUAGCUACUAUCAGCUGCACGAUCAAACACCUAAUAGCUGUGAUUUUGGUGGGUUAGGUUUGAUGACCACUGUCGAUCCAUCAGUGGAUAAUUGCAGAUUUCCAGUUGAACUUCACACUUCUCAGUCUUCUUCACUUCAGGGAGCUUAUCUUUUCUGGUGCAUGAUUUUGCUAACACUCAAUACUUUGCCCUUUUAACUCAGUUUUACUUAGUAGAAAGGCUUAUGCAGCCAAUUUUGCAGCCCUUAAUCAGCCUCAGUUCUGUCUUCAUGGAUAAUUAUUAUCCACAAGGCUUCAACUUGAUUAAAGACUUCAUUGUGUGGAUUUGAAGUUGGAAAAGAGUUAGGCAACGAUACUAAGAGGUUUUAAUUUUGUGGUUAGGAUCAUUCCCAAUUGUCACUAUUUCUGUUCAGAAAUGAAAGAGUACUUGGUUGAA